GUUUUCAUCGCUCGGUUGAGGUGAAGGGCGGGGAAGAGUUAAGCUGCGCCGGUCAUGAGCUAUUUUCUGAGAAGUUUAGGGCGUUUUAGCAGAAGCUCCGUCGUUAGAGCUGUGGCCAUCGCUGGUUUUGGUUCUACUAUCUUUUUCUCCGAUAACAAUGCUCGUUUCAGAGCAUCGGUUAUAGUGCGGGUCCCUGAGCCAUUACAGGAUUCCCUGUGGUUGACAUAUUCAGUGCAGCAUGGUUUGCCUCCUCAAUGUUUACCUUUUCCCCACCAAUCUGGAAUAAAUGCGCUGUAUUCUUAUAGAGUCAGUCCUGUUCCAUCGUCUGACAUAUCCAAGGAAGCUUCUGGGGCUGUCCGUGAUGGGUCAAAGCCUAGUGAAUGUUUUGGAAGAGAUACUAUUGCAAAUGCAGCUGCUAAAGUUGGGCCUGCUGUUGUUAAUAUUGCUUUUCCACAAGAUUUCUAUGGAGCUACUGGAAGGAGUAUAGGUUCAGGAACAAUCAUCAACAAAGAUGGAACAAUAUUGACAUGUGCUCAUGUUGUGUUUGAUCAUGGCACGAGAAGUUUAACCAAAGGGAAGGUUGAAGUCACUCUGCAAGAUGGAAGAACAUUUGAGGGGAAUGUGGUAAAUGCUGACCUUCAUUCAGAUAUCGCUAUUGUGAAGAUCAAUUCUGAAACCCCGUUACCAGAAGCUAAGCUUGGUUCUUCAAGUAAGCUACGUCCAGGGGAUUGGGUAAUAGCAAUGGGCUGUCCACUUUCUCUUCAGAAUACUGUCACUGCUGGUAUUGUAAGUUGUGUUGACCGCAAAAGUAGUGAUUUGGGUUUUAGUGGCUUGCCGAGAGAGUAUUUACAAACAGAUUGUGCAACUAAUGCGGGAAAUUCUGGAGGGCCUCUUGUCAACAUGGAUGGGGAAGUUAUUGGGGUGAACAUCUUGAAAGCGGCGUCCGCUCAUGGGAUGAGCUUUUCUGUACCAAUCGAUUCUGUGUGUAAAAUUAUAGAGCAUUUCAAGAAAAGUGGAAGAGUAGUUCGGCCUUGGCUUGGGCUAAAGAUGCUUGAUCUCAAUGAGAUGAUUAUUGCGCAGCUUAAACAGAAAGAUGCUUCGUUCCCUAAUGUCAAUGAGGGCAUUCUCGUACCAAUGGUAACUCCUGGGUCCCCUGGUGAUCGGGCUGGUUUCUGUCCAGGUGAUGUUGUCAUUGAAUUUGAUGGGAAGCCUGUUAAAAGCUUGACGGAGGUGAUUGAAAUAAUGGGGGACAAAGUUGGGGUGCCCUUUAAGGUUCUGGUUAAAAGAACAGGUGAUAAAUUGGUGACUUUAACUGUGAUCCCGGUGGAAUCCAAUCUUGACGUGUAAAAGGCUGUAGCCACAAACGCACCAACUACUGUGAUAAAUUGGUAGCUUCGACUGUGAUGCUGGCGAAAUCGAAUCUCCAUGUGUAAAGGCUGUAGACACAUGCACAAAGGAAGGUGCCUGUUGGUGAUGUA